AUAUUAGGGUGUAUGUAUGUAUGUAUGUAUGUAUGUAUGUCCUAAAAUUUCUUUGCUUUGCAGUAACGAUUGGCGGGAGAUUCUUGCACGGAGUUCGGCCUCUGUGGUGCGCUGCCGUCGGGGGCCAGUACGCGGUCAUUGACUACCUCCUUUCCAAAGGAGCCAAUGUGAAUGGCAUUACCAGAUUCAAAAGCACUCCUCUGCGAGCAGCGUGUAUCCAUGGCCACCUCGAUAUUGCCAAACUUCUUGUGGAACACGGAGCCUCCACCGAGACUACUGAUCCAUACUCGUUCACUUGUCUGAUGCUCGCUGCUCACAACUGCCGUCUGGAAAUUGUGAAAUACCUUUUAGAAAUUGGCGUUGACGUGAACGGUAAGAGUAUAGACGGGCAAAGCGCUUUGCAUGUGAGUGCGGAAAUGGGACAUAUUGAAAUAAUGAAAGUGUUGCUGGAUCACAGCGGUCAAAUGGAUGCCGACAUUUCUGAACUGAACGAUGAGGUUUCGAAUGCUGUAAUGUUCUGUGCUGAUUUGACUGAUAAUAUACCAACUAUUUUUUCGUUUCUAGGAAAUACUCCUUUGAUUCUGGCGAGCUUUCGUUGCCACGUGGAAAUGGUAGAAUAUCUAGUAAGCAGAACAGACCUGAUAUCUGUUAAAGAGAAAGCCGAUGCAUUUGAGUUACUUGGAGCUUCGCUUUUUGACGAUAUGGAAGAUAUUGUCGGUGUUAUUCAGUACUGGAAAUCAGCUAUGAGCCACAGGUACGUAGAUGGUGUCCUGACUUAUCCAAAAUCCGAACUGAAUUUGGAAGGUCCUGCACACGAGGAGUUCAGAGAAGUCACCACCUUAGAGCAACUAGAGGCCCUAGAGACUGACUUCGAGUCAGUCCAACGUCAGUCCCUCCUCGUGAAGGAGAGGGUUUUAGGACCCGAUCAUUUUACCACAAUGCUAUAUAUCCGGGACGCAGGUCUCGACUACGCAAAUGACGGUGCUUUCAAACAAUGCAUCAACCUGUGGGUCCACGCUAUCGAAGUGCAAUAUUUCCGACUAAAACCACUCAACCACGCUAGGCUCUACCACUUCAGGUCAUUCUUGGGGCUGUUUUCAUCCCUGACGGACGCAGAGCAUGUAAGUAACUGGAAUUGUCAACCUAAGGAUUUUUUCGAUGAUAUCAUGUGUGUGUUUGAAAAAGGCGCGAGGGAAUUGAAUCUGGUUGUUUCCGAAUUAGAUCAAAGCGACAUUUCCGUGAAGAAGCUAAAUGAAUCACACCUUAACGAGUGUGUUGCAAUCAUCAUGCAUUUAUUAGUAUCGUUAACAAUGUUACAGCCACAGCUCUCGUCCUCUCAGAUACACACUUUCAGGAGUGCGUUGUAUCAACUACUGAAGAAGGAUCCAAGGGAUGCAGCGGGUUGGAGCCUUCUCCACAUCGCCUGCUGUAGAAGCUUUAAGCUCAUGGACGGGUUUUCAGUGCCGGUAUCUAGCACUCCUAGAAAGACAGUCAUCGACCUCCUGCUGGACACCGGUGCAGAUCCUUUCGCCACCGACAAGGAGGGCAACACGCCCCUCCACACGCUUGCCAAAAAUGAGGAUUGCUCCAAGGGCAUGGUCGAGUCACUUUUGCGAGCCGGUGCUCACUUAGACGCCAUGAAUAGCCGAAGGCAGACGUUCUGGUCACUGAGGGGUUCCCGGGAACCCGUUCUUUCUAAGGCAAAGGUGCUGAGUCACACCUCUCUGCAAUGCUUAGCUGCCACUUGCAUUCGGGAACAUGGGAUUCCUUAUAAGGGUAUCUUACAUCCCCGACUUGAGAAAUUUGUUGACAUGCACUAAUCAAGUAUCAUUUUUAGUGGUACUAUUUAUAUGUGUAUAUAUAAAGUUUAUUUCAUGUAAGAAAUUCUUGUACAUUUGUUCUGUAAAUAUGUAGACCAGCUGUAAGUAGCACUUGUAAAUGUUUUCAGAAAA